AUGCCUUUAUUGAAUCUUUUUAUCUCAAAGCACCGUAAAGUCGACUUUGAAGUGAGCAUAUUAAUACGAGAUUUGGCCAAUGUCCCUCUUGUCAGUGGUCUCUACUAUGUCAAAUGGCGGAUAAGGAAUGCUUCGCAUGCGAGUGGCAUGACAGAAAGAGCGCCUAUCAACGAUCACUCUGUAUUCUGGAACUACCCCAUUAAUACUAUGGCACAGCUUGUUAUCAACAAACAACAUAUACUGGGCGCUUGCGAGCUCAAAUUGGAGAUUAUUCAAGAAUUAAGCGGAGGCAAGGAGACACAAACAGUGGGUACAUUGAGCAUCAACUUGUCUGAAUACGCUGAAUCCGGUGUGACAACAAGACGAUAUCUGUUGGACCAUUGCAAAUUUAAUUCAACUGUAAAGUUAUCCAUACGAAUGAGUCAAAAAUCGGAUGCCGGGACGCGGUUUCAACUACCACAGCCACAAAAAUCCAUGUUUAGCCCACAAGACAUGUCAACCCCAGAUGAUCGAUCGAUAGAAUCGGUCGCCUCCGAAAGGAAACUAUCCUCUUCAUCCUCUGCGGUUGCCUCUGUUGCCGCUGCUACGGCUACUGCCAAUAAUACUGCCAAUGCCAUGGUUACGCCUUCUCCACAAUUGAAAAAAUCCCAAUCAGCAAUGUCACUGCCGCAUUUUUGCAAACAAACGACACCCUUUGGCAGUACGGAUGAACAAUCACCCACCGAUCUUGUCGAGCAACUUUUUAUGCGUAAACCGGCAAUGAAUGUCCAAGCAUCAUCGUGA